UUGUCGUAGAGGCACCCAUGAUUCCUGAUUUCAAAACAAGGUGGCCAGCACUCCUCAGCGUGGGUCAGUUGAAUGCAGAGUUCCAGAGAAUCACAACAGUCCAGCUGCAGUUCAAGUUCUUCAUGGAAUUGGAUGCUCUGUCUCCUCGUCUCUUGAAGGUGUAUGCCAAGAAAGGUGGUUUACAGGGACAGAAGCUGAGAAGAGUCUUGGUACCCAUGACCCAGACUGAUGACACAGAUGUAAGACCUGAAUGCAUCCUCAAGCGGCUUUGUGUUGACAUGAACCAAGAUCCAGAGAGGCUGGUGAGAGAACACAAGAGUGAUGAAAACACAGAAGAGGCUCUGGCAGAUACAGUCUUGGGGAUUUUUGCCAUCCGACACACUGGUGCAGACCCAAGUGAUGACCUUGAGAAUGUUGGGAUUAUUUUGGAAGGAGUGAAAGUCAUAAAUGACUUAAAAUAUGGAAGUCUUGCAGUAUUACUGCUGUUUGUUAUUGUGUAUGCCCUAAACCUGAGCUACCCAUCAGAUUUGAAAUAUACUUUUGAAGUUCUGCAGAAGAUUAUAAUGGGUUUGGAUGGCGACAAGUUAUCCAACAAAGUACAAGUACUCAAAACAGCACCAUCCUGUUAAAUGGCAGAAGGAAUUGUUCAGUAUUGGCACCUCAAAUAUGAUGUGCAGGUGUUAAAAAGUGUUUUUCAAAUAUUUAUUCUUUGUCAUACUGAGUUUUCUUAACACAGCAUAAGCUAAA